UCCGGUAACUUUGCACUUUGUAAAACUACGGAAAGGUGAAGCAGCAAUGUUAAAGUGUAAAUAGCCUUGACUGAUCAAGUUUAGCUCAUAUGGGCAGUAUAGUUUCAUAAUGUUGCCCAAAAUAGUAAAGUUACGGCUUAGAUUUUUAAUGAAUACGAAUUUAUGUAAGUUUUAUCAUCCAUUUUGUUGUCAACACAGAGCAGAUUUUCUGUCGUCGGGCGCUGUCACAUCUCGUACACGAUUUGAGCCACAUUUUAGCCAUAUUUUUCAACCACGUUUGGACUUUUUGAAGACUGAAAAACUAUCUUACAGAGCUCUGAGGCAUCUCUCCGGGCUGAGCCGGCGGAAGUCCACAAGAGAAUAUUCUUCAUCAACCACCGAAACAAUACAUUAUAAUUUAAGUCCUGAUGUGCCCAAGAGUGAAGGAAGGAAGCUGUUUUUUGACACACACGCAGUGGUUCGACUCCUGGAAAACAAUGGUUUCAAGACUGAGCAGGCUGAAGUCAUAGUCAACGUACUGGUCCAAAUGACAAACUCGAAUAUGGAUGUGAUCUACUCAGACAUGGUCACUAAAGUACAACAGGAGAUCAUGUUACAGCGCGUGAUGUCUCAAAUUGCAACUGUUAAGAAGGACAUGAUAAUUCUGGAAAAGAGCGAGUUUUCCACGUUAUUGACAGAAAACGAGAAAUUGAAAAUCCAGUUAUUGCAGCUUAAAGUCCAGCUGGCAGACAUAAUGAACAAAGUGCGCUCUGACAAUCUUUUGGACAUGAAUUUGGAGAAAAGUCGAGUGAAGGAACUGAAAGCAGAGCAUGAAAAGAAGCUCUUGGAAACACGUACUGAAAUAAUGGAAAUGACUGCUGAACACGAGCGUCACCUCACUCAAACCAAUAUGAAAAUUGACACAGAAGUUGCCGGAUUAAAAACAAUGUUGGAGUCGCAUAAAUUAGAUACUAUCAAAUAUCUGGCAGGGUCAAUAUUCACCUGUCUCACUGUGGUUCUGGGUUUCUAUCGUAUUUGGAUGUAAAAUGUACUUUACUUGAAGCACUGAUCAACAAUGCACUCUGGACUAUAUCAAUAUAUAGUUCAAUAGUUUUUUUUUUGUUUGUUUGUUUUUAUGGCACAGACUAAAGAAGGUUACUUAAAGAGGCAUUAUGUAACUUUUUGGUAGGGGGUUCAUGCUCUGUUUGCCCAGCCUGGAAUGUUCCAAAGUAUGACAUUAAACAGAUCUACCUUACAUUUAUUAAUUUACAGGUGGUUUUAUAGGUUAAAAAUACCUUGAAAAACAUGCAUUCUGCCUGUGAGCACUAUGUAACAUUUCUGGUGAAAGGCUUUUUCCUCGUCACCAUGGAGAUGUUCAACACUAUGGCAUUAAACUUGCAUUUUUUUAAUUGCAGGUGUUAGUACUGUAAAAAUGCCUUGAUAAACCCCAUACUUGCAGGAUUGCCUCGCCCCAAAUCUGACAUGCAACUUGCUCUGCUCGUCUCCAUGGAGAUACGUGUAAUGCAAUGCUAAGGGACAUUGCUUGCAAAGCAAUGGCAUCUCCAUGGGGACAUCAGAAAAGUUACAUAAUUCUCCCUUAAAUAUUUUGCUUUUGCUCCUUUUAUGAUUUUUUAAGGGUAUUAUGCAGGGCUUGCCAUAUACAUAUUCAUUACAACAGAAAUCCUUUUUAUAUGAUGUAGUUUUAUAUUUAAAAUGUUGAAAUAUUUAGAGCCCAGUCCCUAUUUCUUUUACACAGCCCAAGGUUUCUUUGUGAUGCAUUCAAAACUGCAUUGAACACAUUUUAAACUGAAGUAGCCUUAGUAAGUACCUCAAUUCACUGAUUAACAGUGUGCUGGGUUUGCAUUUCAUUUUCUCAUAACCUGAUUCUGAAAAUGACUUAAACUGACCCAAUUUUUUUUUUUUAUCCCAAUAUUACAACUGUACCUGUAGGCUUGCACAACCCUACAUUUGAAGACAUGCAACCUUCUAGUGUAUUUUUAUAUUAUAGGGAGCUGUUCAAAUGACCAAACAGCAAAAAUGACCAACUUUUGAGCACAGUUUAGUUGAUGACAAUGGAGGAUCCACUAAAAUGGUUAUUGUCCAGAAAUAAAUAAUAAUAAAGUAAAUUUUGGGUUGUAAAUAAAUAAUAUCAUCAGGACUACAAGUUAAUUGUUACCUCUGCUCUGCCUUAUCGCACAAUGAUUGAAGUUUGGAAUAUGUUUUGUUUUCUGUUUUUUUUAUAUGCAGUGUUAAUGUUGUGGAAAAUUUCCAUAAAUAAAAGGCCUUAUAAAGGAAACAAACACUGAGUACUUAAUAAAUAAACGCAUCUAGAAAUCUAC